AUGCAAUCUCCACCUGCACUCCUGCACCUGUAUCCUGCACCUGCACUCCCCAAAUACCUGUAUCUCCUUGUACCUGUGCAUUCUCCUGUUACGUAUUCUCUCCAGCACAUGCAUCUCCAGCAACAUGCAUCUCCCACACCUGCAUCUUCCCAGUACCUGCAUCUCCCCAGCACCUGUAUCUCCCCCAGCACCUGCAUCUCCCCAGCACCUGCAUCUCCCAGUACCUGCACCUGCACCUGCAUCUCCCCAGCACCUGCAUUUCCCCCAGCACCACAUCUCCCCAGCAAUCUGCAUUCCAGCACCUGCAUCUUCCCAGCACCUGCAUCUCCUCAGCACCUGCAUUCUCCUCAGCACCUGCAUUCAACCAGCACCUGCAUCCCAACACCUGCAUCUCCAGCACCUGCAUCCUCAGCACCUGCAUCUGCCCAGAACCUGCACUCCCCAGUACCUGUAUCUUCCCAGCACCUGCAUUCCAGCACUGCAUCUCCCCAGUGCCUGCAUCUCCCCAGCACCUGCAUCUCCCAGUACCUGCAUCUCCCAGAACCUGUAUCUCCUCAGUACCAGGUCAGCACCUGCAUCUCCCCAGUACCUGCAUUCCCCAGCCCAUCUCCAGAACCUGCAUCUCCCCCAGCACCUGCAUCUCCCACACCAGCAUCUUCCAGGAACCUGUAUCUCCCCAGCACCUGUAUCUCCCAGCCUGCAUUCCCUCAGCAACAGUAUUCCCCAGUACCUGUAAUGCCCCAGUACCUGUAUCUUUCCAGAACCUGCAUUCUCAGUACCUGUAUCUUCCAGAACCCAUUCCUCAGCACCUAUCUCCUCAGUACUCAGUAUCUUCCAGAACCUGCAUCUCCCCAGAAAUCUGUAUUCCCCAGUGGCCUGUAUCUAACCAGUACCUGCAUCUCCCCAGCACCUGUAUCUAACCACACAGCACCUGUAUCUCCCCAGAACCUGCAUCUCCCAGAACCUGUAUCUCCCCAGUACCUGCAUCUCCCCAGUGGUACCUGUAUUCCCCGAUACCUGUAUCUCCGAUACCUGUAA